CCAGCGUUCACCCCCCUCCCCUUCUCCACCGUAUCCUCACAUUCGCACUAUAACUCCAUCUAUAGAUCACCACUCAUAUCAUCGUCAACAAAACGGAAUUAAGAACAAAAGAAAGGAAAAAAGGGACAACGAAAUAAGGCAAGCAAUGCUAUCUUCUGACAAUACCUCAUUCCGAUUGAGAGCGAAGCAGGAUGAAUUUAAUCUUCUCAAGAUUCUUGGCAUACUUUUACUUCGGGUUCCAAGUCGUUCUCCAUUCCUUCAUCGACCCUUGUCAUCUUCAUCCCCAGCCUUGCCACAUCCUGGCGCAGAUAGGACAUACCGUGCGCCUGGGUGCUCUUCUGCCUACCCGCCAGCCGGCCAGGGUGCAGGCUGCCCUGAACCGCGCCCUCACCGGUCUGGCUCAAACUGGGGACAACUUCCUUCCAUACAACCUGAGCUUGGAAAUGGUGCCGCGCGAGCCCCUCAACGGAGACCCGGAGUCCCUCUUCAGGUGCGUCUGCCAGGCUAUCGUUGUACAGGGGGUCUCCGCUGUGCUCGCCUUCCCCCAGACCCAGGAAGAGCUCGUACAAGUGGAAUUUAUGGCUUCUUUUUUGGAGAUCCCUUUUAUCAGCAUCAUUGAGCAAGGGGAACCUCUGAAAACACAGAACCGGUUCCACCUGCAGAUGAUGACUCGGAUCCCUCCAUCGGGGCUGGCGGAGCUGCUGCUGACCGUGCUGCGGAGGAGUGGCUGGCAGGAGGGCAUGGCUGUGCUGUGUCAAGGCUGGGAGGAGGCGGGGGUCCUCGAGCUGCUGGAACUGCAGAGCCAGUUGGGCUGGGGUGAGGCUCACUGGCACCUGCGGGCGGCCCUCAACCUCUCCACGGCGGCGGAGGAGGAUGUGGAGGUCGCUGACUUCCUCUCUGAGCACUUCCGCCAGGCCCGGCCUCCCCCGGCCUCGGUGCUGCUCUUUGGGGCUGACCCCCAGUGUGCUGCCACGGUCCUGCGCAGCGCCAAUGACCUGGGGCUCACUCUGCCCACCGUGCACUGGAUUAUGGGAUACCCUCUCAGCCCCGAUGCCCUGCACUCUAUAGGACUUCCACUGGGUCUGCUAGCCUAUGGCGAAGUGGACCGCAAGCCACUAGACUACUACAUCCGCGAUGCCCUGCAGCUGGUCAGCCGGGCUGUCUCUGCAGCAACUAUAGUGCGGCCAGACCUGGCAUUGAUUCAGAAUAUGGUCAACUGUUACGACAAACCCAACAAACAUGAGGUGCCCUCCUCUGGCCAGUAUCUUGCCAGGUUUCUCUCCAAUACAUCCUUUACAGGGCUGACAGGCCCUGUCCAAGUCCAGCGCAACAUGUCCCGUGUCCUCACCUCGCAGCGCUUCCACAUUUGGAGCCUGCGACGGGACGCUGUGGGGCAGCCCACCUGGGUGACGGUGGGCAGCUGGGAGAGCGGCAGGCUGGAGGUGGAGGAGCAGGGGCUGUGGCAAGGGCCAUCCCCGCGCCAGCGGGCCGAGGGACAGGGCGGCAAGAAGGACGGGCGCUGGGAGGCGGGGCAGCCGGUGGCGGGGAGCCGGCUGCGGGUGGUGACACUGGUGGAGCACCCUUUCGUGUUCACGCGAGAGGUUGACGAGGACGGCAACUGCCCCGCCGGACAGUUUUGCCUGGACCCACGGACCAACAGCUCGGAUACCCUGGAUCGCCUUUUCCGGGAGCUGGCGCAGGGCAACAGCAGCUUCCUGCCCCCUGACUUUAGCAAGUGCUGCUACGGCUACUGCAUCGACCUGCUGGAGAAGCUUGCAGAAGAUAUGCAUUUUCAGUUUGAUCUCUACAUUGUUGGGGACGGCAAGUAUGGUGCAUGGAAGGGCGGGCGUUGGACAGGGCUGGUGGGCGACCUGCUGAGUGGCGUUGCUGACAUGGCUGUCACCAGCUUUAGCAUAAACUCCGCCCGCAGCAAAGUCAUGGACUUCACUAGCCCCUUCUUCUCCACUAGCCUCGGCAUCCUGGUGCGCAGCAAGGACACGGCCGCCCCCAUCGGCGCCUUCAUGUGGCCCCUGCACUGGUCUAUGUGGGUUGGCAUCUUCGUUGCCCUGCACAUCACUGCCCUCUUCCUCACCCUCUACGAGUGGAAGAGUCCCUUUGGCAUGACACCACAUGGGCGCAACCGAGUGAAGGUCUUCUCCUACUCUUCUGCCCUCAAUCUCUGCUAUGCCAUCCUCUUUGGUCGCACGGUUUCCAGCAAAACGCCCAAGUGCUGGACCGGCCGCUUCCUCAUGAACCUGUGGGCCAUCUUCUGCCUGCUGGUUCUGUCCAGCUACACCGCCAACUUGGCUGCAGUCAUGGUCGGAGAGAAAACUUUUGAGGAGCUCUCGGGGAUUCAUGAUGCCAAGCUCCAUCACCCAUCCCAGGGCUUCCGAUUCGGCACGGUUCGGGAGAGCAGCGCUGAGGACUACAUGAAGAAGAGCUUCCCAGAGAUGCACGAGUACAUGAGGCGCUUCAAUGAGCCCACCACUCCUGAUGGAGUCUCCACACUCAAGACAGAUCCCCCUCAGCUUGAUGCCUUCAUUAUGGACAAGGCCCUACUGGACUACGAGGUCUCCAUCGACGCUGACUGCAAACUCCUGACUGUGGGAAAGCCGUUUGCCAUUGAAGGCUACGGUAUUGGACUGCCCCAGAACUCCCCGCUCACUUCCAAUGUGUCAGAGUUUAUCAGCCGCUACAAGUCAGACGGGUUUAUGGACAUGCUGCAUGACAAGUGGUACAAAGUGGUCCCCUGUGGAAAGAGGGUCUUUGCAGUGACAGAGACGCUGCAGAUGGGCAUUCGGCACUUCUCCGGCCUGUUCGUGCUGCUCUGUGUGGGCGUAGCCGGCGCUCUGCUCACGCUGGCCGGGGAGCACGCCUUCUACCGCCUCGUCCUGCCUCACAUCCGCCGCCGCCAGAAGUUCAAGUACUGGCUCCACACCAGCCAGAAAAUCCACAGAGCACUGAACAUGACCUAUGAGGAUGUGAAGAGGCAACGGGCCAACACAGAGAAAAGCUGCAACAUCCAGAAGGUGCAGCCCCCACAGCCGCCCCCUCCCGCCCCCCCACCUGGCGCCACGGCCAAGUGGAACAAUGAGAGCAGCAAGGUCUCCCGGGACCCCAAGGACCCCAGGGACAACAAGCGGGUCCACUUCAACCUGGAGACCCUCAACAGUCGCCGCCUCCUGGCUCGCGCCGUGCCAGAGGGGGAGAAAGCUAUGCCCAGGCUGAGUCUGGUGGGACGGAUCUGUGAGAACGGGGGGCCUGCGGCUCCGCCCCCGAGCCUCAUCCUGCCGCUCCCUCCCUCCUCCUCCCGGUUGCCCUCCUCUGGCGCCCCGCCCCAGGAUGGAGAGCUCCAGGAGCUGCAGGAGAGGAUCGAGGAGAUCAGGGGGCAGCUGAGAGCCGCGCUGGCCAGGAGAGCCGAGCUGCAGACCUUCCUGGCCAAAGAGAAGGCCAGCUCUGCCCUGACUGUAACAGAAACCCCCCCUGCAGGCCCCCCUGCCCCUUCCGCCUCCCCCUCCAAAGACACCAAUGAAAAAAGGUGA